ACGCGGACGCCUCCAUGGAGGGCUCGUGCAGCAGUCCUCUGCCCUACUACUCCCAAAGCCACAUUUCAACAUGACUUAAGAGGCUGAGCCCGGCUCUUCCAGCCAGAAACAGUUUUUGCUAAACAGCCCUCGCAGCAUCCCAGCGGUACCACUUUCCAACUUUAAAACAACAUCCCCCCCUGCUCCUUUGAAGCCCAUCCCCUUUAGUUUUUUUUUCUUCUUUUUUUUUCAUCCAUUCCAGACAGAUACGUCAGUCCCGGGAAUUAAACGAGGUUGCUCGGUAUUUUUUUGUUUACUUCGGUGCUCCGCAUGGAUGUGGCAGCGGCAGGGAGGAUGACUCUGCCGGGUAUCCGACUCCGGAAUCGGCCGACGCAAGUGAUGCCGAACCAGCGGAAGGUGAAAGCCAGACGGAAAAGACGAAAGGAGUUGGUUUUAAUCCAGAUAUGCUUGUUCGGCGGCUUGCUUCUGGUCGUGAAGGGGGUUUCCUACUUAGCGGAAAAUGCAGGUUUCCAUGUGUCCAGCCACGGCAGCGACGGCCAGGAGAGAUGGGCAGGGAGGAGGCUACUGCAGGAAAUGGACAACAGCAGCCUAGAGGACAUGGAGAGGGAAGAAUCUAAGAACUGCACGGCUCCAGCUCUGCACGAGUUCCCUACAGACCUGUUCACACAUAAGGAGAGAACAGAAGGAGCUGUGGCGCUGCAUGUCCUUUGUACCAUUUACAUGUUCUGUGCCCUGGCCCUCGUCUGUGAUGACUACUUUGUCCCCUCCCUGGAGAAGUUGUGUGAGCGUCUCCAACUCAGUGAGGACGUAGCAGGGGCAACCUUCAUGGCCGCUGGCAGCUCGGCUCCUGAGCUCUUCACAUCCAUCAUAGGGGUGUUCAUCACCAAAGGUGACGUGGGUGUAGGGACCAUCGUGGGAUCAGCUGUCUUCAACAUCCUCUGCAUCAUCGGUGUGUGUGGCUUCUUUGCCGGCCAGGCAGUGAAGCUCUCUCACUGGGCUCUACUCCGAGAUUCAAUUUAUUACACGUUUUCCAUCACGGCCCUCAUUGUGAUCAUCUACGAUGAGAAGGUGAGCUGGUGGGAGUCUCUUAUCCUGAUUCUCAUGUAUGCGGUCUACAUCCUCAUCAUGAAGUUUAACGGCAGGGCACAUCGCUACUUUGACCGUCGAAAGAAGAGCUCUGUGAAUCUGUCCAACGGGCUAACAGGAAGCACUGAUCUGGAGGAUAAUAUCACUUGUGAUGCUACUGCAGUCCUGCUCAAGAAAGCUAACUUCCAUUGUAAGCCGUCAGUGCUGAUGGUGGACGAGCUGCUGUCUGCCUACCCCCACCAGCUGUCUUUCUCCGAGGCCGGCAUGAGGAUCAUGAUCACCAGCCACUUCUCCCCCAGAACCCGCCUCACCAUGGCCUCGCGCAUGCUUAUCAAUGAGAGACAGAGACUGAUCAACACCACGGAGACCCGAGUCAACCGCAUCACUAACGGCGACUCCGACUCGGCGGCCAGGGCUCAGGGGAGGCGGGGCUUAGAGAAUGGCAUGGGCGGAGCUGAGCAGGGUCUGAACGGGAGGAGUCGACUUCAGCUGCUGGAGUCUGGGAACGAGACGGAGAACGAAAACGAGGACAACGAAAACAACGAGAACGACGAGGAAGGAGUGGGCGAAGACGAAAGCAGUGGCCCCCUGGUGCCCUUCAAAGUGCCAGAUGGAGCGUGUAACAAGCUGAAGUGGAUAGUAAUGUGGCCUCUGUCCCUGCUUCUGUUCCUCACCGUGCCCAACUGUGCCAAGCGGCGCUGGGAGAGGUGGUUCAUGGUCUCCUUCUUCACCGCCACCAUGUGGAUCGCCGGCCUCUCCUACAUCAUGGUCUGGAUGGUGACUGUGAUCGGCUUCACUCUGGGCAUUCCAGACGUUAUCAUGGGCAUCACCUUCCUAGCAGCAGGCACCAGCGUCCCAGACUGCAUGGCUAGUGUUAUAGUUGCACGGCAAGGUCUGGGAGACAUGGCCAUCUCCAACUCCAUAGGCAGUAAUGUGUUUGACAUCCUGGUGGGCCUGGGCCUGCCCUGGACCCUGCAGACACUCUGCAUCGACUACGGCUCCAACAUCUAUCUUAACAGCAGAGGACUCAUAUUCUCGGUUGGACUCCUGCUAGCCUCAGUAUUCGUCACAGUUCUCGGUGUCCAUUUGAACAAAUGGACUCUGGACCGGCGACUGGGCUUGGCCUGCCUCGCCAUGUACGCCAUCUUUCUAUGCUUCUCCAUCCUCAUCGAGUUCAACGUCUUCAUCUUUGUCAACCUCCCAAUGUGCCGAGACAUCCACUGACCUCCCUCCUCCUCUUCUUCUCCGUCUUGUUCUUCUUCUUCUGGUUGAAGGAAGAAAACCCUCUCCCGGCUUCCAGUUUCUCGGCGCCUUGAAACCAAGUCCUACCUUUUUUAUUUUUUCAAAUAGAAAAUAGAGCACUAUAUGAGUUAUCUUUGGUGCAAUACACACAAGAAAGAAGACACUAGAAGUUUUAUUUUGGAGGGGGGACAGGACAGGAGGUGUGAAAAAGAAAGUCCCAGCAGCAGAGAUUGCUGCCAAUCGUCUAAUGAACCGAAAGGUUGGCUGAGUGAACGUAACUGUAUUUACACCGACAGUUAGGCUACUGUUGGUGAAGAAGCUGCUACUGUAACUGACUGAGAGAAGUCCUGCGCUAACAGAGAUUUUUAGCUGGAAUGUUUGUUACUCUUUGUACAAGUUUGGAUAUAAGCACACCAUUAAGGUACUUUUAGGUAAAAAAAACAAAACUGUUUUUCUGUGUAUAUAUUUGAGGAUUAUAUAAGUACUUAUUAUUAGCUGAUAUAUGGUAUUCUCUUAUGCACAACUGGGUCCGUCUUGCCGGGCUGAAUGAUGCGAUGACAGUGACACUAUUAUUGUGUUUUACUUUAGUGAUUUGGUCUGCCAGUUAUUCACUCAAAAUGCUUCAAGAUUGUCUCCCGUACGCGGUAGCAGCCGACACAGCAUGCCAUACCAGCCACAUGUCGACUCUAGCUUUGCACUUUGACAGGCCGAAUCUAUAUUGUUAACACUAUUCACACAGUUUCUUCUUGUUUGUCUCUCUACAGCCAUAUCUACAGUACAUGUGGGCUUUAUUUAUUUCGCCGUAAUAAAACCCACAUGUGAACGGGAUGUGCCUGGAACUGACAUCCAGCACUGUCACUUUAUUGAUUAGAGAUCUUAUUCUAUCAUUGCAAAGCGUCUACAGCUACUCGAAACAUAUAACUACUGAAUUUAAAGUUCCCUCUAGACGGUAGACCUCUUGUACAUAUUGAAAAAUUAGUUUUUAGUCUCAGAGUUGGUUAUAACAUUAUUACUUCUUAAAGCCAAAAGUAUUUUUAGAAUAGGAGUUAAGAGUCUUAGAUGUGGACUUUGGAGCAUCAGCUCGAGUGCACAGUAAGUGUGUGUGUGUGUGUGUGUGUGUGUGUGUGUGUGUGUGUGUGUGUGUGUGUGUGUGUGUGUGUGUGUGUGUGUGUGUGUGUGUGUGUGUGUGUGUGUGUGUGAGCGUGAGCGUGUGCGUGUCACAGUCUCGAGGGGAACCAAGGACACCACUGUUACUGGGAAGACAUAAUCAUGAUUUAUUUAUGAAUUAAUUUAUUCAAAGAUCAUGUCUAAGCACCAGUAUCAGCCCUUUGGAUCAUGUACAGUGUAUUUAAACGGGACGUUCUCCGCUCUUUGACGACGGAGCUGUACAAUGUACUGUACCUAAUAUAUAUAAUCUAAGUACUGGAAACUGACUUGAUGUUGUUUAUAUUUAAGAAUAGAACUUUAUAAUUUAUACGUUUUGUAUAGUUUGGAAAGAUAUCGCAACAUUUCUAUAACACAGUGUUUUAUUUGACAUUGCACGGCCGAGUCAAGUUGCCGUGGAAAUGUUCAGAUUUUUGGUGAGAUGGCCUAAAAAAAAAAAAAAAAAA